AUGGCAGCACAUUUAGCCCCUGAGUUUACUGAAGAAGAUUGCAUUGUGUAUCCAGGGAUUGCGGCAAACAAUUUUGAGUUGAAGACUCAGCUCAUUCAGAUGGUCCAGAAUAAUCAGUUUGGAGGAUCUCGGGUUGAGGACCCGAAAACCCACAUAGUUCAUUUUGACCGUAUCUGCCAGACCAUCAAGAUGAAUGGUGUUCCCAGUGAAGCCAUUAAGCUGAGACUGUUUCCUUUUUCCCUGAGAGAUCAUGCACAACGUUGGUUGAAUUCUUUUCCAGCCAACCAUUUCAUUACAUGGGAACAGCUCCACAAGGCUUUCAUGCAGGAGUACUGUCCUUCGUCCAAGGCUGCCAAGUUAAAGAAGCAAAUUCAGAAUUUUCAGCAAUUUGGUAAUGAAGAUCUACCUGAGGCUUGGACAAGAUUUAAAGAAUUGAGGAGGCAGUGCCCGAAGAAUUUGAUGACCCCAAGUGACUUUAUGUCCUCAUUCUAUGAGGGAUUGUCUAACCAGUCAAAGAUUAUUCUAGAUACCUCGUCCUUUGGGGGUGUUAUCAUUGAUAUGGGACCGGCAGCUGGAGAGCAGUUGAUUGAGAGGAUCACCUCUAACAAUACUUACUGGUACACUGAGGGGGAUGAUAUACCCAAGAGAGAGAAAGCAGCUGGGAUGUUCGAAGUUGGAGAGAAGAUGGCAAUGCAGGCUCAGCUGGAUACUAUACAACACAUGCUAAAGCAGUUAGUACAGAGCCCUACUCAGAGUGUCCAGGCAGUUGCUCAGCCUCCACUGAUUUCACAGAAUCCUUAUGUUCCUAACCCCUAUUCUGUGCCACAGCCUAAUGUAGAGCAAGUUGACCUCAUUGGUUAUUCUAGACCACAAGGCCAGGGGCAAGGUUAUGGGAACUACCAGCAGCAAGGAAGGAAUCAGGGCCAGUGGAGGAACAAUCAGAAUUUUGGGCAGAAUAAUCAGAAUGUAUCUCAAGGGCAGUUCCAGCAAGGGAAUCAGAAUUUUGGGAACACUCAGGGUCAAGGUUCCUCUAGACCAUCUCAGGAUGUUGAUAUCCAGCUUCUCAUGAACACUAUGAUGGCUCAGCUUGGCAGGCUACAAGUAGAGAAUGUUCAGCAGUUUAGCAAGCUACAAGCAGAGAUAGAUGGUCUCAAGGCUCAGCAACAAGGAGGAGGUAAUCAGUUUUCUAAUCAACCUUUAUCUUCGAAUGGUAGACUGCCAGCAAGCACAGAAAAUCCAAGGCACCAAGUGAAUGCAAUCACCACUAGAAGUGGAUUAGCUCUGAAGGACCCCCCUUUUCCUUCGAAUGAUCCAGUGCCUGAGAAAGCUGAUAAGAAGGAUGAGGGCAUUCAGGUUAAGGAUAUUCUUGAUGAUAGUGAGAAGGAGCCUGUGGUGCAAAGAGACAGUGUUAAGGGGAAAGCUCCUGAGCAGGAUGAGAGUGCUCCAAGUAAGAAGCAUGAAAGGAAGAACAAGAAGGUAGAUGACUCGGUUAUACCUUACAACCUGUUACCAUACCCACAGAGGUUGUGGAAAUCAAAGGAGUCUGAUAGAGAGAGCAAGUUCCACAAGAUGUUGGAUGAGCUGGAGAUCUCCAUGCCUUUUGUUGAAGCAAUCACUCAGAUUCCAUCGUACAAGAAGUUCCUGAAGAAUAUUUUUGAAAAGAUGUCUUCGCCAUAUGAGCUUGCACGACAAAUUGCUCAAAGGCUCAAGAGAGGGAAAGCUCCCGCAAAUGAAAACAAUGCCAGGGACACUAACAAUCGUUACAUAGAAGUACCCACCGGAACUCAAAUUCUGCUGAUCACUGCUACCAUGCUGGGACGGUAUAGGCAAUUGUUAAACUACCCUAUUGUGCAAUGGAGCCUGAAAGUUGACGGAAUGGCUGGAGAUCUCUACAACCCCACCAUCCAGUUUAGACUCUUCAACCAAGACUAA